UUUCAGGACAAAGAGGGAGGCGAGAGACAGGAUUAUUAUUUUCGAUAUCAUCAUUGUAUUUCUUCUAACUGAUGAAUGAUAACAUCUAUCGAGAAGACGACAAUGUACGGCUAGCAGUUUCCAUUCCCAAUGGGGGAAACACGAAUGGAAAGCAGACCAGUGUAGUUAGUUGUGUAGAUAGGCGAUAUGUGGCCAAAAACGAGCAGCACCCGAAGCCCUGGUAUCAUGGGAAUAUCACGCGUGAACAUACAGAAAAGAUAUUAUCCGGACAAGCUGAUGGAACAUUUCUUGUGCGUGAUUCUACCAAUUUUCCAGGCGACUAUACAUUGUGCAUGGCUUUUAGUGGCAAGGUGGAACAUUAUAGGAUCUAUCAACUGAAUGGCAUCCUGACAUGUGAUCACGAAGAAAAUUUUGAUAAUUUGACACAGCUGAUAGCGCAUUACAAACGAGACGCAGAUGGCCUAUGUCAUCGCCUUAUAACACCAGUAAUCAACGAUAAUUAUCGAAUUACAAGAGACAAUGAAUCUUUGGAAGAGCGGACACGACUCUUCCGUGAAGCCUCAUUGAUUAUCAAUCAAAACGAAAUACAUCUUGGAGAUAUUAUUGGUCAUGGAGAAUUUGGGGAUGUGCUUUUGGGAAAUUACGAAGGUCACAGAGUAGCAGUGAAGGUUCUGAAACGUAGUGAAAUGGUGCAAUCAUUACUGGACGAGGCAAAAUUUAUGAUUGGCUUGAAACAUGUGAAUUUAGUGGCUUUAUUGGGUGUUGUCGUUGAUGACGCAAGGGAAAUGUUCAUGGUGACAGAAUAUAUGGCUAAUGGAAAUCUUGCAAAUUUCUUGCGUUCACGUGGACGUCAUCAGGUAGAGAAAAUGCAGUUAACUCAGUUCGCGGUUGAUAUUUGCGAGGGUAUGAAAUUCCUAGAAAUGAAAAACGUGGUGCAUCGUGAUCUGGCUGCGAGAAACGUUUUGCUGGAUGAUGAACUUACCGCGAAGAUAAGCGACUUCGGGCUCGCGAAACAUGCCAAUGAGUGUCAUUAUACAGAAAGUGCGCUUAGCAAAUUCCCAAUCAAAUGGACUGCUCCCGAAGCUUUGCGAUAUAGUAAGUUUUCAACGAAAAGUGAUGUAUGGUCUUUUGGUGUGUUGCUGUGGGAGAUAUUUUCAUAUGGAAGAGUACCUUAUCCUCGCAUUCCAAUACAAGAUGUUGUGCGACAUAUCGAGAAAGGAUACAGAAUGGAACCACCAGAAGGGUGCCCGAUGGAAAUAUCACGUUUAAUGAAUGAAUCCUGGAUACUGGAGCCAUCCUUUCGUCCCGCUUUCGCUGUUAUAUUGCAAAGGCUUAAACUCGCUUAUGCAAACCCUGUCUCCGUUCUUCAGUCAUAA